CCGGGCCGCCUAGCAGCUCCUUCCCAGAAGGAUGGUGCUGCUCGGUGGUCGGUUUAAGUAUCUUCGGGCGGGACUGGGCAUCCGGGCUUCCUCUUCUGGCGCCGAGAUGCCUAAGAAAGCUAGUGCGACGAACAAGAGUAAAAGCCAAAGCAAGGAAGCAGAGAGACCACUUCCUCCCUUAGGUCCUGUGGCAGUCGAUCCUAAAGGUUGUGUUACCAUAUCCAUCCAUGCCAAGCCUGGCUCCAAACAAAAUGCUAUAACAGAUUUGACAACUGAAGCUGUAAAUGUAGCUAUUGCAGCACCUCCGUCAGAUGGAGAGGCUAAUGCUGAGCUCUGUCGGUAUCUUUCCAAGGUUUUAGAACUCAGGAGGAGUGAUGUCGUUUUGGAUAAGGGUGGUAAAUCUCGUGAAAAGGUGGUGAAGCUUUUGGCCUCUACAACUGCAGAAGAAAUCUUGGAGAAAUUAAAAAAGGAAGCCGAAAAAAAAUAAAAUCAAAAAAUGA